UGAAAACCGAACGAUUCUGCGGAAAAUUAGGGUGCUUCAAGGUCCGUGGCAGCCACAAGCGAUGCGAAGCGCGCAGUUGUGGGGUGCUGCCUGUGUAUUCGGAAUUAUGACGGAGGUCCUGAAGUUGCGUCGUCUCUACUGUGACAAUGCCGAUUUGACUCCGGAACAGCGGAGACACGUCCGAAAUCUUCUCUUGCGCACGAUACUUGUUCAUCUCUGCGAUAUGGCUGUGCCAGCGAGAGUCGGGUACUAUUGCUGUACAGAAUGUUGAAGGGGCCCAGGCCCUCAGGUGUUUUUUCCGUUGGUGCUUUGUUAAGUGUUGUGAUUCAUGAGUAUCAUCGCUUUAAUAGUAGAUUAUGUCGAGGAUCGCAGAACAAAACUCGCGUAUCAACUUCAACACUAAAACUACUACGAUGACCAGGCUUGGUUUCGCCAUUCCUGAGAAGCAGCUCGCUGGCAUGCAUCUCGUCGCUGCGAUGAUACAGUGCGGGAACUUAUUCCCAGCGCCGGCACCAUUUCGCAUGUUGUGAGGCCACGACUCUUUCGGACCAGUUGGCUAGUGAAGAGCAUCCGCAAGAACAUUUUGUUACCGCGUAGGCAAAAGGAGCCCGGGGCCACGGCUUCAUUUUCAUUGCCCUUAGUAGUUGUAGUACGAACGCGAUCUUGCUCCCUCUACUUCGCGUCUUGCCGCCAGAUCAUCAUGCAGGUACUUGAUUGUCGCCGGUCGUCGCGCUGCGUGCUCGCGCGCAAAAAUGUGCCGACUGAGUGCUUUCAUGAGAGGACAACGCCGCCUUUGAUAAAGCGCGCUCCGAAUGUCACGGCGUCGAAUUGUCACGGCGUCGAAUGCGUUCCAGCGCCGUCCAAACUCAGUUGAAUCGGCUGCUCGCAGAGGUGCUAUUUCAGAGAAUGACAAAGGAGUACUCUGAUUUGCUGCAAUCUCGACGCGGAGCAGGAGCUAGACGCCUCCUAUUUUCUUGUGACACACUAUUGAUAGAUAUAGAGUUUUUUUAUUUUUGUUGCUCUUUAGUUUAUGGUCGUUCUGGCAGUUAGGAACCACAUGUCAGUCUUCUCAGUCUUGGACGAGAGGUGGUCGUACAACUUUAUUUCCCUGCUCCGACUUACAUUCCCUCAAACGCGGCAGGGUCGACAGCAACAUUCUCAUAGGCAGUUUUUUUUUUUGAGGCGCUGGCUUCGGUUCAAAACUCAUUCUUUCUUGAGAAGUGGUGAUGAAGAAGACAGCUAAAGAGAGUGAGCGCGGAUAUGAU